AUGGAGACGACGGCCGCCAUAACCAAACAGUUCUGCAAGGAUGCGCUGGUGUGUUUGGCCGCCGCCGAUGACACAGCGUCCGGCGAGUCCGUGGAGGCGGUCGCACUCAGCGUCGUCCAGGCGUGCUCGGCGGCCGGACUCGCACCGACUCGCGAGAUGUUCAACCACCUCCUCGUCGCCAUCGCCGCCAAGGGUCCUCCCUCGGCGGUCCUCGACUGGUUUGGGCGGGCUCGCUCGGCCGGCAUCGGAGUUGGAACGAUCGCCUGCAACCUGGUUAUCGCAGCGCACGUGGCGCAAGGCGACGUGAAGACGGCGGCCGAGCUGCUCACACUCAUGAUGCGGGGCGAGGCGGCACGCGGCGGGCUCCCGCCUCCCAACGCCGUCACCUUCAACACAGUGAUCAGCGCCUUUGCGCGCGCCUGCGACCCGCAAAAGGCGGAGCUAACCCUCGUGGCGAUGAUCGACAGCGGCCUCGUGCCGGCCGGGCCCGCGUCCUACGCGUCCGUCAUCGCCGCGUGGGCGCGUGCCGCGCAGCCGGCGACCGCGGAGCGGUGGCUCAGCCGGAUGCUCUCGUCGUGCGUCCCUCUGGCCGGCACCGCCGCCUCGGAGGUGGUCGCCUUCAACGCGACGCUGGACGCGUUCGCAAAGGCGUCGGACGUGAGCGGGGCGCGGCGUGUGCUCGACCUGUUCCGCACGAGGGCGGACUCCACGCCCGGCCUGCCCAUGCGAAGAGAGCUCGAGCGGGCGGGCCUGCAGCCCAACACAAUCUCCUUCUCGGCGGUGAUCCACGCGCACGCCAACGCCGGCGACGCGGCCAAGGCGCAGGGGUGGCUCGACUCGAUGCGCGCUCGAGGCGUGCCCGCCGACGCGGUGUGCUUCAACUCGGUCUGCGCGGCACACGCGCGGCGCGGCGACGUGGCGAGCGCGUCGGUCUGCUUCCGGGCGAUGGAGGAGGCAGGCGUAUGCGCCUCGCCGCAGACGCACGCCAUCCUGGUCCACGCGCUGGCAGCGUGCUUCAACUCGCUCAUCUCGCUCUUCGCCCGCCAGCGGCAGCCCCUCCGUGCGGAAGGCGUCCUCGCGCUGAUGCGGGAGGCGAGGGUCCGGCCGACGCUCGUCACGCUCAACGCGCUCGCGUCGGCGCACGCAUCAGUCGGCGACAUGGACGCGACCGAGCGCAUCUUGGGCCAGGCCACGACGGCCUUCCGCUUCAGCCUCGACCACUACUCCUUCGCGGCGCUCUUCCAGGCUGCCCGACGCGUCGCGAUCAACACGCACCUGGCGGAGCUUGCUCGGAACCUCCCCGGAACCUCCCCGCAGGCGCAGCUGCGAGCCGAGUACGACGCGUCACGGGCCAAGGCUUCCGCUGCCGUCACGGCGCGCCAGCGCCAGCCCGGGCUCUCUGACGCGGCCGCGUUUCCGACGCGAUGCACACUCGCUUGCAGGGUGCCGUCGCUCAAGACCAUCGCAAAGCCGCCCCCGCCGAAGGCGUCGCCUCGCCGGCCUUCCCGUGCGCGCCCUCGUCUCCCGCCCACGCCCGCGCUGCCGAGCGAGACUCCUGAGGGUGAGGCGGCGAACACGGUAGGCUCCGCGUCCUUCUCCGAGGACGUGGCCGACGCGGAGGCGGAGGCGGCCGAGCCUCCGCCGGUCCGCGCGGUGGGCGCCUCGCUCUCGCGCUCCAAGUCGGAACGCUCGCGGCUGCUCGCGCUCGCCGAGGGCGUCGCUCGGUCGGAGCAGUUGCUCGACGGCGGCGCUCCGCAGCCGGUCCCGCUGCGCCGCUCGGCAGCCUCCCAGCUCGCCCUCGACCUCACCGACCAGGUCAGCCUCUAG